AUGGGAAAAUCGAAUGGCACUCUGUUGGAGGACGAAUCAGCGAGUUAUCAGGCAAGGGUAUGCAGAGAUUAUGUGGACGCAGGAAAACCACGCAAGACGGAACUCGACAAAGAAAAGUACAAAUUGUGCUGCGAUAAACUCUUCUUCUGUGAAUUCUGGAUGCAAUCUUGGUUCUGGUGGACAGUCGCUGGUGUCACCCUUCUUGUUAUCAUCCUUUCGGUAGUUUGUUGUAUCUGGUGUUGCUGCUGUCGGAGAACUCCAUGUGGUGCCGAUAUGAAGAUGUCAGAUGAGGUGGAGAAUCAAACGCAGAGUGAUGCGGAAAUAGGACCAUUUGAUUCGGGGGAAUCAGGGUAA